AUGGCGGGGGGGACUGGGGACAGCGGCGAGGGCGUAGGGGGCAAGGAAACAAGUGAUACUCCCCGUGAGCAGUCAGAGAAAGAGCAGGAGAACCAAGAGUACGUCACUGGGCUCAAGCUCUUGGCUGUACUGGGAAGUGUGACGCUGUCGGGAUUUCUGAUGUUGCUGGAUGGCACGAUUAUUGGUACAGCCAUACCGAACAUCACGAGCCAGUUCCACUCUCUUCCCGAUGUCGGUUGGUAUAUGGCGGCAUACCAGCUAGCUAGUGCGGCAUUACAGCCUCUGACCGGGAAGAUGUUCACAUACUACAACAACAAGUGGGCCUAUCUCGUUUUCUUCACCAUCUUCGAACUGGGAUCUCUGGUUUGUGGACUCGCGAGCUCCUCAUCCAUGCUCAUCGGCGGAAGGGCGAUUGCUGGUCUGGGAGGCUCGGGGCUCUUGAACGGGGGCAUGACGAUAAUUGCGGGUGCUGUGCCGUUGGCUAAACGACCUCUCUACACUGGCAUAUAUCUCGGAACCAUCCAAGUUGGCACUGUAUGUGGACCGCUGGUAGGGGGUCUUCUCACUGAGUACGCAUCAUGGCGAUGGUGCUUCUACAUCAAUCUUCCCAUCGGCGCUGUAGCUUGCAUCUUCCUCACCCUCGUAAAGGUUCCUGAACUGACCUCCAAAAAACCGUUCACACUCUCUGUCGUGCGCGAAACAAUCCCCGAGCUUGACCUCCCCGGAUUCGCCCUCUUUGCACCCGCCGCCAUCAUGUUCCUCCUAGCCCUUCAGCUCGGCGCAACCAAUUACGCAUGGAAUAGUAGCACGGUCAUAGGCUUGUUCUGUGGCGCUGCAGCAACCGCUAUCAUCUUCUUAUGCUGGGAAAGGCACACUGGCGAUCGAGCUAUGAUACCCUUUUCGAUCGUCAAGCAACGUAUUGUCUGGUGCAGCGCGCUAAAUGGAGCGGCGCUAGUAGUGUCACUACUCGUGGCUGGCCAAUACAUACCGAUCUAUUUCCAGGGCGUCCUCGGAUAUAAGCCAGCAAUGAGCGGAGUGAAUACGCUACCAAGUAUUCUCAGUCAGAUGGCGACGGUGAUACUGUCCGGUUUUCUCAUUCAGAAAGUUGGAUUUUAUCUCCCGUUCGCUGCGGUCGGGAGUGCAAUCAGCGCAGUCGGAAAUGGCCUUGUGUCGAUGUUUUCGCCUUCGACCAAGACUGGUAUGUGGAUAGGGUACCAGAUCGUCCUAGGAGGCGGUCGAGGGAUCGGGAUGCAGACGGGCCUCAUCGCAGUCCAGAACGCGCUGCCACCGCAGAAGCUACCCGUCGCCCUUGCCUUCCUGAUCUUCUGCCAGAACUUCGCGGGCGCCGUUUUCAUCGAGGUUGCCAACGUGAUCUUCACGCAGAGUCUAGCUUCGGAAAUCAGGGCGCACGCGCCUUCGGUCUCACCAAAGGCCGCUCUCGCUGCCGGAGCGAGCCCCAGCGCCGUGCGCGCCCUUGUCCCAAAGGGAAGCCCUGAGUUAGGCGGCGUGUUGCUGGCGUUUGCGAACAGUGUGGAUAAGGUCUUCUAUAUGCUCAUUGCUUGCUGCCUUGGGGGUUUGCUCUGUGCACCGGGGAUGGGAUGGGUUGAUACUAGGAAGAACAAUAAGAUGCCGGAGACGGGAUGAAGGGUCAUGGCAAUGGACAUUGCUCAGGUAACUUCAACCAAGAGCAUGAAUGAAGAGAGAGCGUGGAGGCGAAGUGUGGAGGAAUAGUAUGAAGGACGAUUACGAUCAUCAGGAC